GAGGGGGCGGGGGGAGCGCGCCCGCCGCCGGGAGUGGGGGGCGAUGGCGAAGCUCCGGGUGGCUUACGAGUACACGGAAGCCGAGGACAAGAGCAUCCGGCUCGGCUUGUUUCUCAUCAUCUCCGGCGUCGUGUCGCUCUUUAUCUUCGGCUUCUGCUGGCUCAGUCCCGCGCUGCAGGAUCUGCAAGCCACGGCGGCCAAUUGCACGGUGCUGUCGGUGCAGCAGAUCGGCGAGGUGUUCGAGUGCACCUUCACCUGUGGCGCCGACUGCAGGGGCACCUCGCAGUACCCCUGCGUCCAGGUCUACGUGAACAACUCCGAGUCCAACUCCAGGGCGCUGCUGCACAGCGACGAGCACCAGCUCCUGACCAACCCCAAGUGCUCCUAUAUUCCUCCCUGUAAGAGAGAAAAUCAGAAGAACUUGGAAAGUGUCAUGAAUUGGCAACAGUACUGGAAAGAUGAGAUUGGUUCCCAGCCAUUUACUUGCUAUUUUAAUCAAUUUCAAAGACCAGACGAUGUGCUCCUGCAUCGCACGCAUGACGAGAUAGUCCUCCUGCAUUGCUUCCUUUGGCCCCUGGUGACGUUCGUGGUGGGUGUUCUCAUUGUGGUCCUGACCAUCUGUGCCAAGAGCCUAGCAGUCAAGGCAGAAGCCAUGAAGAAGCGCAAGUUCUCUUAAGGGGAGUCGGCUCGUGGGAAGUGAAGCCCAGCAGCUGCUCUCGUCUGCACACAUCUACCUGCAGAGCCUGCUUCCCGGCCCAGGAGAUGGAAGGGGCUGUGAGAGGUCUCCGAGAGGCUCCCCCUCAAUGACAGCAGAAGCAGGCACAACCGGAAGACCUGGAACCUCAUCGAUUGUUUUCCAUGUGUCGUAGCAAUAGCUGCAGGGUCAAGCUCUGAGCUGUAUGGAGUUAUCUGUUUCAGAAAAUCCUAUAGAAGUUAAUUUUCUUCGGGGAAGUAACAGUAUAUAAUUGUACAGUGUAGAAUACAAACUAUUAUGAUUUAUGCUACCUAAAAAUAUUAAAAUAGAGUGGUCUGUGUUCUUUUCUAUUUCCUUUUUUAUGCUUUGAACACCAGGGUUUUAAAAAAGGGUCUUAUGGGUUUCAUUUGAUUUUGCUAGGUGAAACUUUUACUUGGACACAGGGAUUCCUGCACAAAUCUUGACCUCACAAUGUAACCCCCAGUCUCUAGUAUGAAGGAGUACGUUAGACUCCUAUUUGAAAAGGAAAAACUGCCACUGUUAACUCAGUCUGCAGUCACUUCUGUGACUCUCCAGCAAGGAACCCUCAAAGAUGAAAACAUUCUCCCAACACUCCAUUGUUUCUCACCAGAUUAUUUCUUAAGAGAGGGAGGUGAUUCUGAACAAGGUCUGUCCUAGCUCUAAGAGCACUGUGCCUCAUUAUUCAUCUGUUCAGGUAAUUUAUGAUGGGUUUUUGUCUCUCUGCAGUAGAAUGUACGUGAUGUGAAGGACACAUUUCAUUUUAGUUAAAUGCGGUUUUCAUUUUUCUUUUAGGUCAGGAAAAAAAUGAUCAAAAUCAGUUAAUUUUAUUUUCUUUGUCCUUGCCUUGAUGUUUUCAGUUUUAAAAUGAGAAUAUUGCUGCAGUUGUUAAUGUUUGCCUAGACAAGCCUGGAGACGCAAGCCAGCUCACAUCACUCUGCUGCUGAGCUCUCUGCGCCUUUAUCAGAAGUUCAUGGACGAGACAGUACUUCUUUGCAUCUGUUCAUAAACUCAGAUUCCAAAUAUCAAUCACAUCUAAGUGACUAUCUAAGCUCCUCUAUUUAUUUACCAUGUAGAAUCAAACCUUUGCUUACAAGAUAUGUACAAAUUUUUGGUUGAGGAAAAACUGACAACACACACUUUAUUUGCUGUCUUCUUAUUCUUCAGACGUGUUUCUGUUAGAAUGAUGACAAAUUGGAAUGUAAGGACAAGCUACCCUCAUUUAUUUUGCUCAGCAUUCUAAGAAAGAUACAUAUUAGUGGCUUGAUGAUUUCCUGACUUUGGGUCCACAUAGCAAUGUUUUCUUAAAUUUGAAACUCAAGUAACUGAAAGAACCAUUGUCAUCUGUGGAAGACUAGGGUGUUGGAUGAGUAAGGUAUUUUUCUUCCAAUUCAAGUGUUACAGAUUUCACUGUGAAAAAGGCCUUGAACACACUAUUUAUGACAUCCUUUGAGGCAGCUACAGUGCCUUGACUUCAAUCCCAGUUUUCUGUUGCAGCAUCCCUGUUGUCUCAGCAACAAAGUGAACCAUUCUGAAGCACAGAGUAACAUGAAAAUGGGGCUCAGAGAAAGUCAACGUCAUUGCAUUACAUUGUGGGAGAUAUAUUGUGUAGAUGAAGUCUCUUUAUCCAUUUCAUCUAAAUCCAAUAAUCUGUAAUUAAUUGAUUACAGGGAGUUGAUAAAAACAGUGCGUGAACAUACAUGUUGGUAAAAAGGGAAGUUGAUAUAUAUUGAUGUGAGUUUUUAUUUACCAGUUUUUAACCAUUUAUAUAAAACUAAAUAAAUGCUUCUAUUUAGGCUCAAAGAGUAUACCUGGUUAUAUUCUGUAGGUUGAUUUUUGGAAAAAAGGAGAAGCAUGCUGAAUUACUGAGGUCACAUAUAAUUUUAAAAUCUUUCUUGCUUGUAGCCAGUUAAGUUUGAGGUACUUUAUUUAUACUUAUCAUUAAAGAUAAAAUUCAAUGGAACAACAUUUUUAGGAUCACAGAAGACAAAGAAGCUUAAAUUCUUAAUAUUUCAAUUCUCUUUUUUUUCUAAAUAUAAAUGAGGAAAUGGUAUAAGCUGCUGGAACAGAAACCCCCAAAUAUGAUGACUCAUGUAAGACAGAAGUUUUUCUUUCUUUCUUUUAUGGCAAUCCGGAGGUACCUGAGAAGUCAUCCAGGAGGGCAGGUCUGCUUCUUAAGGUAAUCAAGGAACCCAAGUUUGUCUACCUUGUCCUCUCAUUAUCAAAGGUGUUAUUCAUCCCAUGGUCAAAGUGGGCUCAAAAAUACACACCCAUUCUGCAGCCCAUGAAAAGAGAGCAAUUUGGGAGCUAGCUAUUGGGUUGACCAAAAGUUCAUUCUGGUUUUUUCAUGAGGUGUUAACCUUUUGGAAAAGUCUGUACAAGCUUUUUCGGCCAACCCAAUCCUUCCUUUUAAGGAAGUUCCAGCCAUCACUCUGCUCAUAGUCUAUCCGUGAAUACCGAUUACAUAAGUAUACCUAGCUUCAAGGAAGACUGGGACCUGUUGUCUCCAGCUAGAUGGACAUAUGUCCUAUUAAAGCUCCAGGAAAAAAGGAAAAGGGGAGAAUGAUACUCGAGUUAAAGACAGGAAUGAUGGACAGCUGUCAGUGGCCCAUGCUACGAUGAAAAUCUGGGCAGGGAUGACAAAGAUCUGUUGCUCUGGCAGGAUGUACAGUCCUUGGUUAGACCUUGAAUCUUCUCUCUGGGAGAAACUCCCUUGUCCUCUGUUCUCUCUGGCCUCUACUUUGACUUCUAGGAGACUCUUGCUCCUCAGACUUCAUAGCCACAUCUGAAGCUUUUGGGAGGCAUCACAGCUUUUGCAGGCCCCCACCUGCUGGUGCAGAUUUGUAGAGUAGACCUAGAUUUCUUUAGAGACUGAACAAAUGUAGAUUUUUUCAAGUUUAUAGGGUUGUUGUUUAAUUGACUGCAGUAGGGAGUUUGACUCUAUUUUUGAUGUUGGGAUGCUAACAGCUUUCCCUUUCUGCUCCCCUUUUCCUUUCCCCUUCUGCUCCACAUCUGGGCAAGCUGAUUAGUGAGCCUGGGUACCCCCUCCUUUGGACUGGGUGGGAAGUUCAAAUCAUACAAGCCCUGGCCUGCUUGCAGGAACCCACUCCCUGCCCCACACCCUAAGAAUAAUAAAGUCAAACCAGUCAAGUCAUUUUUGGAUCUGCUUUGGAACUGCUCCACUCUCCUAGAAAGUCUCAUUCAUUAUGUGAAUAAUAAACCUUUUCAUACCCUCUUGA